CUUUCAUUCGAGCUGAAGUGACUGGCUUGCCAAGCAAGGGGUGACCAUGUUUACCUCCGCAGGUGAACUGGAGUUCUCGAACCUAGCAAGUGCCCAGGAAAUCUCCCAGCUCGCUGCCCUGGAGCUGUCUCCCAGAGAGAACACCUGCCCAAGUUCCGUCGAAAAACCUGGCUACCCGGACUCCAUUUAUGUCACGGCGGCGAACAUUUUUCAGGGUAUUCGCAUCGAAAGGCCCCCCGAGAAGGUGUUAAUCAAGUAUGGCCAUGAGCCCCUGCCGUCCUCCGCAGAGUCGGAGGAUGAAGCCUCCCAGCGCACAGCCUAUGAACUGGCUUUCAGUGCCUUGAAGUACCAAGAUCUAUUGGAAAGCAUCUUGAUAGACAGUUAUAUCUUCCCAAGUACCACAAUACCAGAUCACUUGAGCAGCCUUAUUCUCGUCAUGCUGUACGAUUUUCAAGAUAGAAAAUUCCAGCCUCGUCUGCUUUCUGACAGUGAAGACGCCGUAUCAGAAGUCGAAGACGUAGAAAACCUUCUUAACAGUUUUAAGACAAAAUUGGCCGCGUCUUUGGCAAGAUAUCGAAUCAAACAUGAUGCCCUUUCAAUUUACCACAUUUUACCAGAAACAGUUAGAAAACAGGAACUAAGGGCCUCCACGCUGCCACUUUAUGCUUGGAUAAAUACUUGUAAAAUCAGCCCUGAAGAAGUUUAUAGUAAUCUGAGGAGAAAAGGCUAUCAUAAAGUCCAGUCUGUAUUGCACAUUGAUGAUAAAGUCUUUGCUGUGGACAAACAUUGCUAUGAUGUCUUAAUUUUUCCAUCUCAUCUUAAAAAUGAUCUUUUAAGCAUAGAUCUUGUCAAGGAUUACAAGCUUGUAUUCCAGGACAAAUCUCGAAGUCUUGCUGUCCAUUCAGUAAAGGCUUUAUUGAAUAUGGAUGAUGACAUCUUAAUGGUCAAUACAGGUUCAUGGUACACAGUUGCCCAUAUGUCAAUCUUAACAAAUAAUAACACCUCGAAAAUAUUUGUUUGUGGAGUAGAAUCGCACGCUAAGGAUCCUGACCUGAAGAACCUUUUCACAAAAAUGGGAUGCAAAAAUAUUGAAAUACUUCAUGAGAUAUUUAUUAACAUUGAAUCCAAGGAUCAGAGGUUACAAAAAGUUAAAGUAAUCCUGCUUCUACCUCGUUGUUCAGGACUGGGUGUUAGUAAUCCAAUAGAAUUUAUUUUAAAUGAGCAUGAAGGAACAGAUUUACUUAAAGAUCUCUCUCAAGGAGGACCCUCAGCAGAUAAACUUCAUGUCCUUGCUCAACAACAAUAUAAACAGCUAACCCAUGCGAUGAAAUUUACUAGAGCCCAAGCGGUGGUCUACUGCACAUGCUCAGUCUACUCGGAAGAAAAUGAAGCUGUUGUUCAAAAAGCCCUGGAAUUUCAAGACCACGGGACUAAAGUACAGCCGUAUAGGCUUAGUCCGCCUGUUCUUCCGCUCUGCUCCUUAAAGGAAAUACAUCUGUCCUCUGAUAAAUUUUUCCGAAUGGAGCCAUCUGAAGUUACCAAUGGUUGUUUCCUCUCCAUUCUGACCAGGGAGCGGGACCCCUCGGAGACCGUGUCUGUGAAAGACGUGCUGGCCCGGGCCGCCGCCAAGGGCCUCCUGGACGGGCUCGAGCUGACCAAGUCCUCCAAACGGGAGAAGAAGAAGAAACGGUCCAAGACGUCCUUGCCCAAAGCGGCAAUGAACGACAGCUGCAUCCAAGUGAGAAUCGCCGAGUUCCUGAACCGAGAAAUGCAAGGGAACGCGAACGCCCCCGAGACGUCGCCCCCCAAACCGGCUCUCCCGCAGAAAAGCGCGGCUCCCGUGGGCGGCCCCCCGCAGGCCAGAAAGCCCACCAAGCCGGGCGCCCACCCCCUGGUGCCCGUGUACCUGAAGAACGCCUCGCCCUCCAGGCCGGGCGAGCGGCCCCCCCAGUUCAGCCGGCCGCGCCCCGAGGACAAGCUGGUGGCCCUGAAGCCCGUGGAGAUCCUUCUGCCGCCGGUCAUGUUGCCGUUCUCCAGCCCCUCGGGCCUCCGGCCGACCCAGCACUGCUGCUAUCGCUGGGUGGCACCCAGGCCCCUGGUGACCACCUUCCUGCCCGCAGCUUCCAUCCCCCGCAGAAGGGACAAACCCAAAGAGAACCUGCCCUCCUCCCUACUCAGGCGACCUCGGCCCUGGCUCUGACUGCCCCUCCCCCUGCCUGUCCCCACCAGGGUCAAGGGCAGUCCACUGCUUUUUCAAAGCCUGACAUUUCACUGAAGGUUCCACAGCCCUACCCAAGACCGCUCUCUCCGGCAGGUCACUUACCCGCUCCUCCCUGACCUUGCGUCCGGGGCACUCGGGCCAGCGAGAAAUGAAUGGCAACCUAGCUCAAGCCAGGCAAGUCGGGGCUCCGGGCUCAUCGGUUCAAGAAGGUCGUUUGCACUCACUCUGUUCUCCGUUUUUAGAGCUGUCUCAUUCCUGUCAAUUUGCAGUCGGCACCUGACACCAGUUUUUAAAGCGAGCUAGCUGCAGCUACACCCCCCACGGCCCCGCCUCCCCCAGCCAAUAGAUGAGAAAGCAGAUUGCGGAGCUGUUGCCCGUCCUUUCCCUCCUACUUCAGGUAGCUCCUCCCCAGCCACAGUGGAACCUUCUCAGCCACUGCUAGCAAGGCCGAUUAGCCUUUCAAUGGGACGCGAGGUUGAGCAUGAGCUGCAAAGCAGGUGUGCCAAAGUGGCAGGUGCAGGUGCGGUAGCGCGGCUGUGCGUAGCUCACAGGGUGAAGGUGACCUCUCUCCGGAGGAGCUUCCAGGUGCCUGAGUAGAUCAACUCUCCCUCCCGACCAUGUCUGCCCCUUACUGUUGUAAAAAGAUGACCUAAAGCCAAUUUCCACCUAAAUAUUAGUACUUCUGAGGAAGAGGCAACACUGUUGAACCCACGUGACAAACUGUUGAAGAAAGUCAUAAGAAUUCUGAUAUGAUAUGAAAGACUAGGUGAGAUAGCAAAAUCAAGUCAGUUCAAAUUGCAAAUAGUCAUCAUUUUGGCAAAUCAUCUUUGAUGUGCAAUCUAUUAAAAUAUAUUGUAGCACUAUGUUAAUUAUAUUAAAAGUCAAUCCACCUUCAAAGUACUUUUAAUUGCCUACUAAGAAUGUAUGAUCAUCAUUCCUUUUUCCAUCAGGCCACAGAAAUUGUUCGACAUGGAACCAAGUAAUAGCUGGAAACCGGUUUGUCUGUUUUCAAUGUUCUUAAACACAUUGUUUUUAAUGUUUUUUGGUGUUUGUUUUUUAAUGUCCUAAACACAUUGGCAAGGCUCACCAGUUUCAGA